CUCCCACAAACCCUCCUAAACAACAUCCCAAACCAGAAAAGAAAAAAAAAAUUAAAAAAAAAAUUUUAAAAAAAACCCUAUUUUCUCAUCUUCUCAUGUAACAAAGAAGAAAAAGAAGAAGAAAAGCUCUACUUCAUCUGAUCUUUCUCUCUUCCAUGGCUUCUCCAAUUCCAUUUCUAGACCUAAAUCUGCUUCCUGACACUCCUCUCAUUUCCCCCAAAAUCGAACCGAAAUCUGAACCCCAUGAAGAAGAACCCCUCCAAAUUCUACCUCCUACAGACCCUAACCCUAACCCUAAUCCUGGCCACCAAAUCUCCACCGUUCCAGAAACACCUCCUGCUGCUGCCGACGAUGUAUACUCUGAAUUCCUCCGGAUCUCCCAUCUCUUCCGCUCCGCCUUCGCUGAGAAGCUCCGUCGCCGAUACCGCGACGUUGCGGUCCUGCACCCUGAUUCUCUUUCGAUCAUCCCCGCCAAUCACGAGCCGUACCUCUCGUCGGCUAUCGUCACUGCCACGAGGGCAAAGCGGCACCGGUCUACUGAGAUGGUCCGGGUAUCGCCUAUCGGCGUCCAUGAUCACCAGCACUUCAGGGGUUCGGUGCGGACGGCUCGGAUCACUUACGAGUCCCUCCGGCUGUUCUUGAUCCAGGAGGAGGAGCGGGCGACGAAUUCCUCUGGGUCUGCUAAGCGGAUUAGAGCGGACCUGAAAGCUGCGGCCGCGAUGAUGGACCGUGGCUUGUGGUUGAACCGGGACAAGCGGAUCAUUGGCUCGAUCCCUGGGGUCCAUGUAGGUGACCAGUUCUUCUUCCGGAUGGAAAUGUGCGUGAUCGGACUGCAUGGGCAGGUGCAAGCAGGGAUCGAUUAUGUUGCUGCUACUCGCAACACAAAUGGUGAGCCGAUCGCAACAAGCAUCAUCGUGUCUGGUGGGUAUGAAGAUGACGAAGACAAGGGGGAUGUGAUAAUUUAUACUGGCCAUGGUGGGAAGGAACGUGAUAAUUUAAGGCAUAGCCUUCACCAGAAGCUUGAAGGUGGGAAUCUCGCUUUGGAGCGGAGCCGGCAUUAUGGGAUUGAGGUCCGGGUGAUUCGAGGAAAGAAGUGUGAGGGCAGCCCGACGGGCAAGGUUUAUGUUUAUGACGGUCUUUAUCGGAUUCUUGAGUAUUGGUUGGACAUUGGCAGGUCAGGGUUUGGUGUUUACAAGUAUAAGCUUUUGAGAAUCGAGGGGCAACCCGAUAUGGGCAGUGUGAUUAUGAAGUUUGCAGAUGAUUUGAGAAGAGAUCCCUUGUCUGCUAGACCUUCUGGAUACUUGAGCCUUGAUAUUUCAAGGGGGAAGGAGAAAUUGCCUGUUUAUCUAUUCAAUGACGUCGACUGUGAUCGGGAUCCAAUGUUUUUUGAUUACCUGGUCAGUCCAGUAUACCCACCUUUUGCAUUUCAUGAAGCGGGUAAUGGAGGCACUGACAGUCGUGGGUGCGAUUGCACUUCUGGGUGUUUGGAUGGUUGUUAUUGUGUCGAGAAGAAUGGAGGCGACAUGGCUUAUGAUAGCAGUGGGAUUCUUUUGAGAGGGAAGCCAUUGAUAUAUGAAUGUGGUAGCUUUUGUCGCUGCCCACAAAGUUGCAGGAACCGUGUGACCCAGAAAGGGGUGAAGCAUCGGCUGGAGGUGUUCAGAUCUAGGGAAACAGGGUGGGGUGUUAGGUCAUUGGAUUUGAUUCGGGCUGGCGCCUUUAUUUGUGAGUACACUGGAAUAGUCCUCACCAAGCAACAGGCAACGGUGGUCGCCAUGAACGGUGACAGUUUGAUCUAUCCUGACCGAUUUCCUGGACGAUGGGCCGAAUGGGGGGACAUAUCUCGUGUUUUCCCUGAAUAUUUGCGGCCUGCGUAUCCUUCUUUGCCUCAGUUGAGUUUUGCGAUGGACGUUUCGACAAUGAGAAACGUUGCUUGCUAUUUCAGCCACAGCUGUAGUCCUAAUGUACUUGUGCAGUUUGUAUUAUAUGAUCACUACAACUUGUCAUAUCCUCAUCUCAUGCUCUUCGCCUUGGAGAACAUCCCACCCUUGAGAGAGCUGAGCAUUGAUUAUGGUGUGGGAGAUGGAUGGACAGAAAAGUUCUCUCCGUAGAUAAAUACUUCGUAAGAGGUUGUACACUAUCAAUGUGGUGGCAAACAGUCUUUUGAGGACAUGCUGCUUGGGAAUGUUCUUUCAGUGGGGCAGAUUUCCUAUCCAUGGUAUGGAUUGAAAAGAUAGGAUUGCUACUAGCGUAGAUCUUUGGGGCAUGGUCCAACCACAGAUGACGCCCAUCAGAACAACUCCCUGAUUUACCAUGUUUCCUACCGUUGCCAAUUGCAGACCUAAGGAUAUUAAGCAUGCUUGGGUUGAGGAUAAUGUGUUAUCUACAUACAAUCUAAAGAAUGCACGACAUUUCCUUUUGCUUGGUGAGAGGGUAUGCUGUAGCAGUAGAAGUUAUGCUACUCUUCUUUUCAGCUGAUCAUCAGUAGAAAUGCAUUGUGCAUCUUGUUUUGGAGCACCAGGGGAGGAGAAAACGAUUCGAUGCCUUCUAUGCUGUUGUAUCUGUAAGUGCUCUCAAUCAUAUGUAUAAAAGAUAAGAAGGUUUUAAAAUUUUGCAAGACUAAUAACACGUUUAAAAAUGACAAUACAGCAGAGAAGUAAAUGCCAGUGAUUGGGGUGGAAAUGACUGACAACCAUUUUUUUUUGGUUCUUUGUUCUUUCCUUCUUAGGUCUUCUUUUGGGGGGAAGCUUUCUAAGGAAAGUCCCAUGUAUGUAUGCAUGGAUGCAUGCAAGCAUGUAGCAAAGCAUGUAAAUAUUUGUAAAUAUAAUGGUUAUACUGAAAAUGGCAUGUAUGAGAACAUAAAUGCAUGAUUGGUCUC